AUGGAAUUGGUGGAAAUAUCUCCAAGGUCUUUACCUACCGUAAGUGCCUUAUUUAAAAGGCGAGUCUAUAAAUUACUGAUUAAAUUAGAUGCCCUAAUAUUGGAACCCGUGGGCCUUGGUGAAAGAACGAAUCUUGGUUCCUUUCCCUUUCAAAAGCUACAACUAUCUCUUCAGCAGGCGCCUCCUGUCAAAGCAAGGCCAUCAAAACCGCUCAAGAGGCGACGCUGGAGCCUCGCGGUGAGGCAGCGGCAGGCUGGGAGGCCGGCCUGGAGCAACCUCCGCAGCUCCCUGUCUCCCUCUAGGCUCGUCAAGCAGUUGUCUUCCGGGUCACGCCCAGCCCACCUCAGUCUCCUGGCCUGCGUGUCCUCGUUCCUCAGCGCCCUCCCCGUGGCUCAGGGCUUUUGCUGGCAUGAGCCGUUCAUCCUGCACCAACGGUUCUCUGAGAGAGAGCUGGCUUUGGCGUUGGUGUGGCCCGGCGAGAGGCCGCUGCCGUCUCCCAAACAGGGGUAG